AUGCCUAUUCCUGCUAAAAAGCGCAAGUUAAAUGAGCCUGGACCGGCGAACCAACGGACUCGGGGAAUCGAAUCAUUCUUCCGGAGCCAAAAAUCUGCUUCGGCAGCAAUCACUCCUGCUCAACUAGAACCUGGGACCCCCUUAGCGGACGAGGAACUCGCGCGCAAAUUGCAGGCGAAAUGGGACGAAGAAGCUAAAUCCGGUAAUCAGUGCUCUAGUAACCUCCAGGACUACCAGAAUCCGUCGACACUGGAAGCCAAACCCGAAGGGCUUACACAGGAAUUUGGCACUCGACUACAGACUCAUGGUACCCCUGCGUGCGGUGAUGUUUCUGGGAAUGGGAAACCGAAUAGAGUCUUAUCAUUACAAAUCUCUUCUAGCGCUGAGGAUACUAUUUCCCAGUCGAUACCGUUUGACCAAAGUCCUCUCACUUUUGAACCUUCAUCUUAUGCAGAGAAUUUGCGGGCCCACUGGGCGCUCGAAGGGGGCCACGCAUCUUAUGCCAUUCUUACGAGAGCAUUUGUUCUCGUCAACAACACUCAAAGCCGGAUUAAGAUUGUCGAUACACUAGUCAAUCUCCUGAGGUUACUCAUAGAAGCUGACCCGGGCAGUCUCGUUUUUGCAGUGUGGCUUGCAACCAAUGCGAUUGCCCCCCCAUAUGUUCCAGUGGAGUUAGGGUUGGGCGGGUCUGCUAUAUCAAAAGCAUUGAAAACUGCAUAUGGAUUAAACAACCAAGGAUUGAAAGCUUUGUGGGACAAGUUUGGUGAUGCGGGGGAUGUUGCCUUCGAGGCGAAGAAAAGGCAGACGUUUACGUUAAGGAAGCCAAAACCGCUAUCAAUUAGAGGAGUCUACGAAUCUCUCUUGAAAAUUUCUAGAAGCAAGGGGCCGGGAAGCCAGGAAAUCAAACAACGAAUCGUUGAGAAACUCCUCCAAGAUGCGCGAGGCGCGGAGGAAAGCAGAUACAUUGUGCGAACACUUGUACAGCAUCUCCGCAUUGGCGCGGUGAAAACAACCAUGCUCAUUGCUCUGGCUAGAGCUUUUCUUUACUCUAGACCUUCUACGAAAGAUUUCUUUGUAUACAACCGAAUCGAGCUCUCAAAACUCAAAAAGGAAGAAAUGGCGAGCAUCUACAGCAGGGCGGAGGAAAUCGUGAAAGCUUCUUAUGCUCGACAUCCCAGCUACGACGAUUUAGUAUCAUGUCUUUUGGAAAUCGGUAUUUCAGAUGAGCUUCUUGUGAGAUGUGGGCUAACUCUCCAUGUGCCAUUACACCCAAUGCUGGGAAGCAUAACAAGGGAUCUACCGCAAAUGCUUACCAAACUCCAAGGGAGAGCUUUUACCUGUGAAUAUAAGUAUGACGGACAACGGGCCCAAGUACACUAUGAUUCUUCAGGCAAAGUCUCCAUCUUUUCACGACAUCUGGAACUCAUGACGGACAAAUAUCCUGAUUUGGUUGCCCUAAUCCCUCGGAUUCGGGGCGAGGGUGUAUCCAGCUUUAUUUUAGAGGGGGAAAUUGUUGCGGUGAACCAGGAAACUGGGGAGCUAUUGGCAUUUCAGACUCUUACCAACCGUGCUAAAAAGAAUGUUGGUAUCGAGAGCAUCAAGAUUAGUAUAUGCUUGUUCGCAUUUGAUCUCAUGCUUUUGAAUGGUGAACCGUUGCUAGAGAGGCCACUCCGGGAGAGACGGGAGCUCCUUCGAGGUCUGUUCAUCGAGGUUCCACACCAUUUCACUUGGGUCAAAAAUCUCGAUGCGACAUCGUCUGAUUCGGAAGCGGUGUUGAGUUUUUUCAAGGAAGCUACUGAUGCGAAAUGCGAGGGGCUGAUGGUUAAGUUGCUCGGUGGUUCUGUUCAACCUGAAUUAUCUAAAGAGGAAUCUGUUGCAGAGCCGAACCUCAACAGUGAUUUAAUAUUAACAACAGGCCAUGUUGAACCAAACGGUAACAACAAAACUAGAGCUCGGCGAUCCCUGCUCUCUACUUAUGAGCCAGAUAAGCGGCUUGAAUCGUGGCUUAAAGUGAAGAAAGAUUACAGUGCUGCAUCUGAUACUUUGGACUUAAUCCCGAUUGCAGCUUGGCACGGACAAGGCCGGAAGGCCAAAUGGUGGUCUCCUAUCCUUCUUGCCGUUCGAAAUCUUGAAACUGGCAUGCUUGAAGCUGUCACCAAGUGCAUAUCCGGUUUCACAGACAAGUUCUAUCAAGCAAAUAAGGAAAAGUAUGCAGAAGGGAGUGAUAAUAUUAUAUCAAGACCGAGCUAUGUGGACUACAGAAGCCAACCGGAGGUUUGGUUCGAGCCGCAGGAAGUCUGGGAAGUAGCAUUUGCAGACAUUACUCUGAGCCCCACGUACACAGCGGCAAUUGGGCUCGUUAGCGAUGAGCGAGGACUUAGCCUUCGAUUCCCAAGAUUUGUCAGAGUUCGUGAGGAUAAAGGGCUUGAAGAAGCAAGUAGUUCCGAUUAUCUGGCGAAUUUAUGGCGGAAGCAGACCGAACGACUUCGGGAAGAAGGGGCAAUAGCUAACCCUAUCGCGGAAACUGACCAUUUUGGAUCUGAGGAUGAUUGA